ACCGCGUUAAGUGGGGUACAACUGUACUUUAAGUGACUGUGCUAGUGUAAAUUGUAUACAAGGAAAGGAAGAGGACAGUGGUGAAAAACAGAUGAAAGCUUUAAAAAUGGACAGCUCAGACCGUAACCGUGAAACUGAAGAUGAUUUGUGUGAUCCAGCCAACUGGCCACAGCUUCUGGACAGUAGAACAAUGAACUACUUGGUAGGAAAUGGACCUGUGAAAGUUACUAGUAAAAAUUAUAUUUUUCCUAAAAAUAGUGAAAAUUGGCACUUCUCAGAAAGCUUUUACAUGAGAAAAUUACCAAAUGGUGAAACAUCAGAGAGAAGUUGGCUUAUAUACUCCAAGAAGGUUAAUGCAGCUUUUUGCUUCUGUUGUAAAUUGUACAGUUUAAAACCAUCAAGUAAAUUUGCAAAAGAUGACUGUGCUAACUGGAAACAUUUUAGUCAAACACUGAAAUCUCAUGAGUCAUCAAAAGAGCAUUUGUUAAGCUUGACCAAAUGGAUUGAAAUGAAGAAAAAUUUAUGUUUAUUGAAUACAAUAGAUAAGUCUGUGUUACAACAGAUGAACAAAGAAAAAGAACAUUGGCUACUGGUUUUGACUCGUAUUAUAGCAGCUAUACAAUAUUUAGCUGAGCACAACUGUGCUUUUCGUGGAAGUAAUUCCAGACUGUUUGAGCCUAACAAUGGUAAUUUUCUGGGAUUAAUUGAAAUGAUGGCCAAAUUUGACCCUACAAUGCAAGAACAUGUCCGACGCAUCAAAAAUGAAGAAAUACAUGAUCACUAUCUUGGACCUCGCAUUCAGAAUGAAAUAAUCUCAAUAUUGGCAUUGAAGGUAAAGAACAAAAUUCUAGAAAAAGUGAAGACAGCAAAAUACUUUGCAGUUAUUCUUGAUUGUACCCAUGAUCUGAGUCAUCAAGAGCAAAUGUCCCUUGUGCUGUGUUAUAUUGAUACAACUUCUGGAGAUGUGGAGGUAAUGGAGAGUUUUAUUGGCUUUAUUCCGGUUCUGGAAACAACUGGACAAGGAUUAUCAAAAUCUCUCUUCGCUGCACUUGAUGGAAUUGGUCUCAAUAUUAAUGACUGUCGAGGACAAGGUUGUGAUAACGGUGCAAAUAUGAAGGGCCAAAAUGCAGGUGUACAGGCACACAUCCUCCAAAUAAACCCCAGAGCCUUUUUUAUUACAUGUGGCUGCCAUAACUUAAAUCUUGUUCUGGGAGAUAUGGCGAAGUCCAGCUCAAAAGCCAUGACAUUCUUUGGAGUUAUACAGCGAAUUUAUUAUAUAUUUUCUGCGCCUGUUCAUUCAUGGCAAGUGCUAAGAAAACAUGCUCCAUCGCCGAGUCCAAAGCCAUUGUCAGAAACUAGAUGGGAGUGUCGAGUAGAGAGUGUGAAAGCCAUCCGCUACCAGACAAGUGACAUCAGGAAUGCAUUACUUGAGAUUUCUGAAGAAAGUAACAAUCCAAAAAUCAAAAGUGAGGCAGAGUCAUUGGCCAUUUAUGAACUUGAAAAUUAUGAAUUUCUUUUAGGAUUGAUAAUGUGGUAUGACAUCUUAUUUGCUGUAAAUACUGUGAGCAAGAUUCUUCAGUCCAGAGAAAUGCAGCUAGAUGUGACUAUCGAGCACAUUAAAAAACUUAUAGAGUUUCUACAGAAAUAUAGGGACACAGGAUUUGCCUCUGCCCAGGUGACAGCAGAAGAAAUCGCAUCUGAAAUGGGCGUUGAACCUGUAUUAAAAAAGCGACGAGUGAAAAGAAAAGGACAACAAGAAAUAGGUGAGAAUAAUUCAGAAAACUCGGCUGAGAAAGAAUUUGAAAGAAAUUACUUUCUUGUUAUCGUUGAUCAGGCAGUAAUGUCACUGACAAGAAGAGUCAAGCAGUUGCAAGAGUAUGACACUAACUUCGGUUUCCUGUAUGACUUGGAGAAACUUCGAGAUAUGAAAGACUACAUCAUGAAAGAGCGAUGUAUAGCUUUGGAUAAUUCAUUGAGUGUUGGACAUUCUCACGAUAUUGAUUGUGCAGACCUGUUCUCAGAGCUUCGAGUACUCCAAGAACUUAUUCCUCAAGAAACAAACAGUGCACUUCAAGUCCUUCAGUUUCUCAAGUCUUUAAAUGGUUCCUUCCCUAAUGCAGAAAUAGCAUAUCGGAUUUUAUUGACAGUUCCAGUCACAGUGGCAUCAGGGGAGCGGAGUUUUUCCAAGCUGAAAUUAAUAAAAGACUAUCUAAGAACAACUAUGUCUCAAGAGAGAUUGAUUGUAUUGGCUAUGCUCUCCAUCGAAAAGGAACUAGCAGAAAGUUUGGAAUAUCAAGAUUUAAUAGCAGAGUUUGUUGCAGUGAAAGUUAGGAAAAUGGGGUAAUUUAAUCCCCAGGUAAGAAGGGUUGGUUCAGGCCAAGGUUGGGUCAGAAGAUUAUCCCCAGUUGACAGACGGCUUGGGUCAGUCAGCCUCCACGUGUAUAUUUUGUGUAAUAUUCUCUGUCUCUUUCAUUACCAAUUGAGAAGGGCUCGUGAUGAGCCAAAACUGUAUUGGUGUUUAAAAUAAAAUUUAAGUCUCCAUGA